AAUAUGCAGUUAUUGUUAUAAAGGGAAAAGAAGCGCCGCUGGUGGACACAUCCCAUGUUGCUACGUCGUGAAAGUCAUGGACAUUUCCAUGUGAAUUAUGAAGAAUAUCGAAAUCAUCCAGAAUGGUUUGAAGAUGAAUAUUUAAUGCCAAUUCCUAUUUUCGAUGAACUGUUAAGUUUACUAUCAAGACACUUAUCAAAACAAGAUACUAAUAUGAGGAAAAGUAUCGGGGCAUGUCAAAGAUUAGCAGUAACACUACAAUAUCUCGCUUCUGGAACAAGUUAUAAACGCCUUCAGAAUAAGUACAGAAUUUCGAAAAAAACGUUGGUUAAAUUAAUAAAAGAAACAUGUGGAAUUGUAUGGAAAGUGCUAGCACCUAAAGAAAUGGCAGCCCCGAACAAAGAAUCGUGGAAAAGAAUCUCAGAAGGAUUUAAAGACAACGCGAAUUUCCCACAUUGCUUGGGAGCACUAGACGGCAAACACAUUCGAAUUCAGUGCCCUCGGAAUUCCGGCUCUCUAUACUUUAAUUAUAAAAAGCCAGAAGCUAAAUAAAGAAGCCCUUGAU